GUCUGGUCAAAAUACCAAGAAUUUCAAUUGAUACAAAAGUUACAGCUCUUUUGAAAUUAAAUUCAUACGUUCCUCGUCGUAAUUUCAUCUUUGAUAAAGAAUCUUUCAAGUCACAAUCAGAAAAUGAUGGGGUUUAUAUUCUAUCGCGCUGA